CGAGACAUGGUCCAAGCUGCUCCUCCGCAUUGCAAGUCUCAAUCCACCCAUCGUGACUUACCCCAGUCAAUGCAGCCACCAUGAAUUCGAUACGAUUCGCCGCGCGACGGCCCAUCUUCCGCUGCCUCAACACGCCUGCGCCCCUCCGCUCAUCCCCCCAAAUCCGACAGGGCUCGCGCUCCAGCAGAGCAGAAUUCGAGGCCAUUCUCAAGCAAGGCGCCCGUCCCAAGGUCCCUCGCCCAGAUGAAGACUUUGUUUCUGUACACCGCGCCGAGGCCAUGCGCCGUGCGCAGUUGAUAAAGAGGCGGAAUUGGCUGGCCCUCGGUGCUGCGCUCUCCAUGAUUGCCCCCAUCUUCCUCGUCCGGUUAUGGGAUGUGCCGCCGCUUGAGGAGAAAGAUGAGAAGCCCAGUCGCGGCAUAUCCGACAUGAUCAUGGGCCCGCCCACCAAGUGCGAUGCACCGCGCAAGGCAGCAGAAGAGUUCCAGGGCAAGAAGGUCGUCAUCGCAGCCGGCGACAAGGUCAUUGCCACGCCAGGCGAUUCCGACAACCCCCAAGCCUCCGACCCCGACGCCAUCGAGCUCGUCGAGACAGGCACCUCCUACGUCCCUUACUUCCCGCGCACCAUCCGUCUCCCCACCGACACCGCCGGCCCCGAAGCCAUCACCAGCGACGCAGAAUACACACUCCUCGGCCUGGGCAUCCGAAAAGUCUCCUUCCUACGCGUGCAGGUCUACGUCGUAGGCCUGUACGUCAAAACCGCCCACCUGUCCACCCUCCAAAACCACCUCAUCAACACCGUAAACCCCACCGCCUCAGCCCUCAUUCCCAACGAGAAGAAAGACCUCCGCGAGGCCCUCCUCGACCCAGAGAAGAGCAACAAGAUCUGGGAGUCCAUCUUAGCCAAAGACGGCACCGCAGGCGUCGACAUGGCGUUCCGUGUCGUACCUUGCCGCGGCACAGAUUUCAAGCACCUCCAAGACGGCUGGAUGCGCGGUAUCGCCUCGCGAACAGACGAAGUACGGCGUAAGCAGGCCGAGCUCCUCCGUCAACAAGCCGCAGAAAACAAGUCGAUAUCCCUACCCAAGCCCGUAGAAGAAGGCGAAUUCCAAGACGAAUCCUUCGGCCUCGCAAUGAAAGAAUUCCGAAACCUUUUCCAAGGAAAGGGUAAAGCGCCCAAAGGCAGCGUCAUCAUCCUCACCCGGGAUAAGAGCGGUAGUCUGGGUGCGCUGUACCAGCCGCUUGUGCAGAAGGGGGAUAAGCAGGAGACUAUGGGCAAGAGCAGUUGGUUGGGCGAGGUUAAGGAUGAGAGGGUGGGGAGACUGGUUUGGUUGCUAUAUCUGGGUGGGCAGAAUGUUAGUAGUGAGCCGGCGAGGAAGAGUAUCGUGGAUGGGUGUAUUGAUAUUGUUGAGAGGCCGGUGGGCACGCUGGAGACUAUGGUUCAUUAGUGGAAGGAUGUGUAUCAAAUGGAAGGGGAUUGGAUGUGUUGCGCAUGUGAUCAUGCGAAGAAUUUCUUCGUCUCGUCUCUCGGUGGUGUAUAUAAACCUCGCUUGACUGCCCUCCUCUUUCUCUACUUUACAUCACUUCUCUUUGUCAAAAUACUAAAAGGACUUCGGAUUCACGCCAUGGCUCGUCCACCGAGCACUUUUCCAAAAAAACAUCAUACUUACAUUCAUGUUUUCCUCCUUCUUCUCCGGUCCCGAUUACUACCCUAC